UUUCAUGAAGAUAGGAGUAGCCUCGGCAGGGGGAUUUGAAUUGGCCGAUUUGUACCCAUCAUUAAAGUUCCUUCAAAUUUUCAGUUGGAAUAAAUAUCAACUGUUGAAGAUGCGUCGUAAGCUCGACUCAAUUCUUGAUGUCAUGCUCAAUGAGCAUAAACAUAAGUUAGCUAGCGACAAAAGAGACAAUGGGGAGUUGGUUAGUGAAAACAUAUUAGAUGUUCUCCUCCGAAAGCAACAAAGUGAGGAUCUUGAUGUUCCAAUAACUGAUGAUAACAUCAAAGCAAUCAUCUUCGAUAUGUUUACGGUCGUAAGUGAAAAUUCAUCCGCAACAUUCAAUUGGCUGAUGACAGAAUUGAUGAGAAAUCCACAAGUGACGGCAAAAGCACAAGCUGAAAUAAGAGAAGCCUUCAAAGGAAAGAAGACAAUCGAGGAAAGUGAUAUUCAAAAACUAAAAUAUCUGAAGUUGGUAAUCAAGGAAAAUCUUAGGGUACACCCCGCUGUCACUAUACUCCCAAGAGCAUGCAGGGAAGAAUGUGAAGUUGACGGGUAUACCAUACCCUACAAAGCAAAGGUUGCGGUGAACAUCUGGGCUUUGGGAAGAGAUCCACAGUAUUGGGAAGAGCCAGAAACCUUUAAACCCGAGAGAUUCGAGAAUAGUUCUCUUGAUUUCUUGGGAAAUAACUAUGAGUAUAUUCCAUUUGGAGCAGGAAGCAGGUUUUGUCCUGGCAUGAACUUUGGCCUUGCAAAUAUUGAGGUACCUUUGGCUCAACUUCUUUAUCACUUUGACUGGAAACUUCCUCAUGGAAUGAACAGCGAUGAUCUAGACAUGAGUGAGAUGCCUGGAGUAAGUGUGCAGAGAAAAAAUAAACUCUAUGUGAUCGCUACACCCUACAAUCCUCCAAUUGAAGGUUAAUUUAUCCGAGGCUAGAGGGCAGUUCUUAAUGCAAAUAAGCUACAGUGCCUGAAUGAUUUGUUAUUAUAAUAUUUAUAGUCUUUAUAUAUGUGUGUGUGUGUCAUUUUCAUAUCAAUAAAGAUUUACUAUUCUGCCUGGACAAAUUUCAA